ACUUGGUCUUUUUCAAAGCGCGACUUCAUUGCUUGGAAGUUCACAAGAGCGAUUCGAUUUUGUGUGACUUCGAUAUCGGAGGACAUCAAUCGAGCUCGUCCAGAAUCUUCUCAACGAUGGCAUUCUUCUUGAGAUUGCUGCAGCGACCGAUGAGCAAUGUUGGCAGAAGCUUACUGGCGUGUCCGGGACGCGUGUCGUCGUACCGAUACCUGUCAGACAAAGGAAAGAAAAACAAGUUUUUCUUCAUGUCAUGGCGCUCCGUUCUCGUGUCUGCCGGACUCGGAGGCAUUUUUCUCGGGUCUAUGCUCUACGUUAAAGCGGAAAAACAGAGUAUCUUAGACAAAGAGCGGAAGCGCGAGAUGGGAAAAGCCAAAAUCGGAGGUCAGUUCGCAUUGACCGACAUGAACGGUGUAAGGAGGAAAAGCGAAGACUUCAAAGGCAAAUGGUGUCUCAUAUACUUCGGCUUCACCCACUGUCCUGACAUUUGCCCCGACGAGUUGGAGAAAAUGGCCAAGGUCAUCGAUUUGCUAGAAGACAAGACGAAGGGAAUCGAGUUGCAAGCCCUCUUCAUUUCGGUCGAUCCCGCGCGCGACUCUCCGGAGGCCAUCAAGCAGUACCUCGCUGAAUUCCACCCGAAGAUUUUAGGUAUGACGGGAACCCAGGAGGAGUUGAAUGCGACCAGUAAGAGCUUCCGAGUGUACUUCAGUAAGGGACCUGCGGACGUGGAAGAGGACUACAUUGUGGAUCACACGGUCAUAAUGUACCUUGUGGGUCCCGACGGAGAUUUCAUAGAUUAUUACGGUCAGAACCGAACGGCGAAACAGAUCGUCGACGGCAUCGAGUUCCAAAAGAUCAAGUACGAAAACUCCAAGAAAAAAGGCAUACUAGGAGUUCUUUAGGUACCUAGGUUUCGGAUAGGGUUAUGAGCGCGCUUUCUCCUCUUGACAUCGCUCGAGGGGGAAAGUUCCAAAUCGGCUACUCGCUGCUCGACGCGGAAACUGCUCCGCGAUAGCUCAUCUGUUAGUUGAGAAUGACUUGAAUCAUCUACGUAGACUAGCCUAUCCGGUUUGUACAUGCACUCCGUGCGAGCAAUGCCAGCGGAAAGAAGUUGGUUGAGAAUAGUUGGACACUCGAUAUGUAAACACUGGAGAGCUUCCGGUUCAUGAGCGAAUUCCUUGCUUGAG